CCGCGCAGCCCCUCCUCACAUUCCCUCAGUGUCACUGCGCUCCGACUGCAGCGAGGACUCACCUAUUUUAUUUGUAUUUGUAUUUUUUCCACCCCCCGUAACUUUUCCAGAGAUUUGGGAUCCGACACGGAGAGGAAAAUGUCAGGUGGACUGCGAGUGCUGCUGCUCGCCUUGCUGCUGGGUUGCGGCCGACCGUCUUCAGCCUUCAACCUGGACACCGACAACGUCUUGCGCAAGGACGGAGAUCCAAAAAGCCUGUUCGGCUUCUCCAUCGCCAUGCACCGGCAGCUUCAACCGAAGGAUAAAAGGAUGCUAUUGGUCGGCGCCCCUAGAGCCAAAGGUUUCAGCGGUCAAACGGCCACAGUGACGGGGGGACUCUUCAGCUGUGACAUGAGCUCACCCUCUACAGGCUGCGUGAGAGUUAACUUUGACAACGACGAGGACACCACCAGAGAAAGCAAACAGAACCAAUGGAUGGGGGUGACAGUCAACAGUCAGGGCCCAGGUGGCAAAAUUUUGACCUGUGCCCAUCGAUAUCAGCGCAGGACCAAUGUGAAGACCACCAUCGAAUCCCGGGACAUCAUCGGCCGCUGCUACUUGCUGAGUCAGGAUUUGAAAAUCGAUCCUGACUCCAGCGUGGACGGAGGAGGCUGGCAUUUCUGUGACAGCAGGCCGAGAGGUCACGAGAUGUUCGGCUCCUGCCAGCAAGGCCUCUCUGCCACUUUCGACAAGGACUACCAUUACCUCAUCUUUGGGGCUCCUGGAGCAUACAACUGGAAAGGUGUGGUCCGUCUGGAACAAAAGAACGACACCCUCCUCGAGAUGGGCAUUUAUGAUGACGGGCCUUUCGAGGCAGGGGAUGAAAACGAGAAGAACCCCGAUCUCGUCCCCGUUCCUGCCAGCAGCUACCUCGGUUUCUCUCUGGACUCGGGCAAAAGUCUGACCAAAAAAGGUCAGCUGACGGUGGUGGCGGGAGCCCCCAGGGCCAACCACAGCGGCGCGGUGGUACUGCUCAAGAAAGGCCCCGAUACGAGUAACAUCUUGCUGGAAGAGUACACACUGGAAGGGGAGGGGCUCGCCUCAUCUUUCGGGUAUGACCUGGCCGUGCUGGAUCUCAACGGGGACGGCUGGGAGGACAUAGUGGUGGGAGCGCCUCAGUACUUUGAGAAGGACAGCGAAAUCGGAGGCGCUACGUAUGUCUUCGUAAACAAAGCUGGAAAAUGGGACAAGGUCACCCCCACCAGGAUAGACGGCCCGAUGGACUCCAUGUUUGGCCUGGCUGUGGAAAAUCUGGGAGACAUCAACCAGGAUGGUUACCAUGAUUUUGCAGUGGGAGCCCCAUAUGACGAUGACGAGUCAGGAAAUGUCUACAUCUACCAUGGAUCAGGCACAGGACUCCAGUCCAAAAAAGCUGCACAGAUUUUGUCUGGCAAGCCUUCAGGCGUGACGAUGUUUGGCUACUCCUUAGCGGGUAACAUGGAUCUGGACAAGAACUCCUACCCUGACCUGGCUGUCGGAUCACUCUCUGAUGCCGUCUUUGUCUACAGAGCCAGUCCGGUCAUCGCCAUCAAGAAGGAAGUCAGUUUCUCACCAAAGGAAAUUGACCUGACAAAGAAGAACUGUGGGAACAACUUCUGCAUGAACAUUGAAGCUUGCUUCACCUACACUGCCAACCCCAAGAGCUACUCUCCCAGACUGACUGUUGCAUACACCCUGGUGGUCGAUGCCGACCAAAGGAAGAAGAAUCUAAUCCCCAGGGCCGCCUUCACUCAGCAGUCGUCCUCUAACAGCAACUACGAGUCCAAAGGGACCGUCGUCUUGGACACCAAAGGAAGGAAGCAGUGCAUCAUACGCCAGCUGACCAUACAGGACAAUAUUCGUGACAAACUUCGAGGGGUACCCAUCGAUGUGGAUGUGGAGAUCCAGAACGCCAAACGCAAACGCAGACAGAGCUCCGCCGAAAUGCCGCCUGUCCUCAAUGCCAAUGACAAAAUAACAACUCGUGGAGAGGUGCAAUUUGUGAAGGAGGGUUGUGGCAGUGACAAUAUUUGCCGCAGUAACUUGAAAGUGGCGUAUCGCUACGGCUCCAAGACAACAGAUGAUGACCCCUUCAAGCCGUUACCAUUGGAGAACGGUGUGCCACUGAUCUCGCUUAGCAAGCAGAAGGACAUCGCCUUGGAGGUCAAGGUGACCAAUAAGAACGGAGAUGACGCACACGAGGCGUCAGUGGUCGCUUCCCUCCCACGUGCCCUCACAUACUCUUCAUUCCGCGGCCCACCCAAUGUAGUAACUUGCACGGCCAAUAAGAACGGCUCUAAGGCGACUUGUGAGCUUGGAAACCCAUUCAAACGGGAUUCUGAGACAACUUUCUACAUUAUUCUGGGAACAGUUGGCAUCUCAUUAAACACCACUGAACUGGAAAUUGAUCUUCAACCUGAAACAACCAGCGAGCAGCCGACGCUAGCCGCCGUUAAAGCGAAGGCAAACGUGGCCAUCAUGUUGCAGCUGUCUAUAUCAGGGCAAGCUCAGCCCUCACAGGUGCAAUUUUCAGGAAAAAUCAAAGAUCAGAAUGCAAUGAAGACUGAAGGUGACAUCGGAAUUCCCCUCACACAUCAGAUCAGAAUUAUCAACAUUGGAAGGCACUUGACUGACUUUGGCACUGCCGCCCUGCAUAUUGACUGGCCGAAGACCACGGAGCAGAACAAGUGGCUGCUCUACUUGAUGAAGAUCACCGCCACGGGUGUGGACCAUAUCGAAUGUAUGCCAAAAUCGGAGAUAAAUCCUCUCAAAAAGGAAGUCAGCAACAACAGGAUGAGAAGGGCUUCACAAAAUACCCAGGAAGGUGAUGAAGGAAUUAUUUCACGUUUGGUGGACAAGAGGCAAUCUAAAAUUCUGUCAUGUGACGACGGGGCUAAAUGUGUGAGGAUCAGGUGUCCGCUGCGAGGCUUGGACAGUAACGCAGUCAUCACGCUUCACUCUCGCCUCUGGAACAGCACAUUUUUGGCGGAUUACAGCAAACUGCAUCAUGUGGAGGUGAUCGUCAAGGCGGCUCUGCAUGUUGAAAGCACAAGAAAGAACAUAGUGCUGCAGAAUGCUGAAACACAGAUGAGACUGACUGCGUUCCCUGAGAGGAGUGAGGCCCGAUAUGGAGGAGUUCCAUGGUGGAUCAUUUUCUUGUCUAUUCUUCUGGCACUGCUCUUACUGGCUCUGUUGGUUUUCCUUCUCUGGAAGUGUGGCUUCUUCAAGCGGGCCAAACACGAAGACAAGGUUCCCAGUUACAACGCAGUUCGGAUUAAACGCGAGGACAGAGACGUAAACGCGGAUUGGCAAAACCUGGAAAAGAAAUCCUGGGUGACAACCUGGCACGACAACGAACAUUAUUCUUAACCCUGAACAACAUUCUGGGUGACUGUAAAUACCAAGACAAGAUAUCAUUUGUACAUUUGUUUUUAAACAGGUCACAGUGCAAAAUACUUUGAUCAAAGUUUCUGCUUCAGGGGCUGAUUUUUACUUUUCAAUGCAAGUACAAACACUUCCAGUGUCAUACACUAGAUGAUCAUGUUAAAUCUUAGGAGCUUAUUUUGUACAUUUUGUGUUUCCAGUGUGGGGUGGGAUGGAGUGGGAAAAGAGGGUGUCAGGGAAUUCAUUUUAUAAUUUUUUUGCAUUUUUGUAUUUAUUCACUCAAGGGGUACUUUCUGUUACGCACUAUACAGACCAAAGAGUCAUGUAAUGCUAACAUGUGACCUUUUAAUCUAUUUUUCCCAACAAUACAGCUGCCUUAAUUAGUACAUUGUGGAAUGACUGCAAUGUAUAACAGCAAAGUGGAAUUUUGCAAAAAGAUUCAAUUCAAACAAUACAUUUUAAAGUUGCCAUAUUCAUGUGUGUAAUGUAAUUUCAAAUUGAAAGACAGGUUAAAUGUGGAUUGAAAGCAUUAUUUAUUAAAACAUGACAUGUAAAAUCAUACAUAAUUUAAAGAUCAAGUAUAAAAACAUAAUUACACAAGUGCUGAAAAUGUGACACAUUUGUUGUCCCAUCAUAAUAUAAAUAAAAUUCUGAGGGAAAUGGUAA